UUUUUUUUUUUUUUUCCUGCUUCUAUUGGUUUCGAGGGUGUAUAAUGAACCGCCCAAUUAGACCAAGGCCCACUUAGUCCAGGCCCAGCUGUACCAUUUGUACGGAAAACGCGCGUAGCAGAGAGAACUUGAAGUCGAAGUUUGAUGAUUCGCGGACGAACCAAGGAGUCGAAGGACAUCUUCUUUUUUGACUGAUCCCAAAACCCUAAUUCAAAUUCCCAUGAAAAUCCAAAGUCCCUAGUUUCUUUUCAGAAAUUCGUUUUAUGGUUCUUCAAUUGGAAAUCCAACAAACCGAGAUUUCGGUUUAAACUUGAAUUUAAUUUUUACUUUUUUUUUUUUUUGGUUAAAAAUAUAUAUAUAUAUAUAUAUAUAUAUAUAUAUUUUAACCAUGGCGACGAGGAACCAGACAUACCAGUUCAGAAAGCGCAGGGACGCCUUGAAGAGUGUGCGUGCUCCUUUGUCCUCCUCAGCGUCCGGCUCGGGCGGUCCGGUGAUUGAAAUGGUGAGUGCGUCGCUGCUCGGUUCUAAUCGGAAUCGGUCUGCUUAUGCUCCUCUUAGCACCGAAGAUCCAGGUCCUUCCAGGGAUGCAUUUACAGUUGGUCUACCACCAGCUUGGGUGGAUUACUCUGACGAAAUUGCUGCAAAUAUUCAGCAAGCUCGGAUUAAGAUGUCUGAGUUGGUUAAGGCUCAUGCCAGGUCUCUCAUGCCCUCCUUUGGAGAUGGGAAUGAAGAACAACAUACAAUUGAGGCUCUUACCCGUGAGAUUACAGAGUUAUUGAGGAGGUCAGAGAAGAGAUUACAGAAAUUUCCUGCUAAUGGGUCCUCUGAGGAUUCUAAUGUUAGAAAAAAUGUACAGCGAUCACUUGCAACUGAUCUUCAGAACCUUUCAAUGGAUCUCAGAAGAAAACAAUCAACAUAUCUAAAAAGUUUGCGGCAGCAAAAUGAGGGAAAUGAUGGGGCUGACUUGGAGAUGAACUUGAACGGUAGUAGAUCUCAAUUGGAAGAUGAUGAGUUUGGUGACUUGGGUUUCAAUGAGCAGCAAUUGAGUAGGCUAAGAAAUAGUGAGCAAUUCACAGUGGAAAGGGAGAGAGAGAUCAAACAGGUUGUGCAAUCAUUCAACGAACUUGCUCAGAUCAUGAAGGAUCUCUCUGUCCUAGUGAUAGACCAGGGCACCAUAGUUGAUCGGAUAGACUACAAUAUUCAGAAUGUCGCAACAGCUGUUGAGGAAGGUUUUAAGCAACUGCAGAAGGCAGAGAAAACACAGAAGGAGGGAGGAAUGGUGAGGUGUGCAACGAUACUUGUUAUCAUGUGCUUCGUCAUGUUGGUCCUUCUCGUACUAAAGGAGAUACUUCUGUAAAAACAUCGUUGUUAACAUACUUGCUUAGUCACAACACGCGACCCGUUACGGUUGGGAAAUUUUUGGUAGUCUCUUAGAGCUCUCUUCAUUCAAUCCGUACAUUAUGUAAAUUGAUGGUGUUGGUGACAUUUUUUCUGAUAGCAUUGAGAGUGGAUUUUUUUCACACAUAUCAGUAAAGGUGCACUUGGUUUGAGAUUUCAA